UAUCCAUGGUGUUUGGGAAAACGGGAUUUUUUCUUUGCUGUUGAGAGAAAGGUUUUAUUUUGACAUAAGCAACUAUGGGACCUAAAAAGAAGGGAAAGAAGUCUGGCAAACUUGCCAAAAUGACAGAGGAAGAAAGAAUGGCUUAUGAAGAACAGAAAAACCUAGCAGAAGAAGAACUGAAAAAGAAGAAGGAAGAUAUGUUAACACAGUUUUUAAAAGAUAAAUUGGCCAAAGAGGAGAGAGCAACAAAGUUCAACAUCAAUAAGCUGAACCAUCAAUGGAGGAACAUCAUGAGAGAAAACAAGUCCAAAGAACUGAAAAAAGACCUGGAGAUUCUCAGUCAGACAUUUGAGAGAAUCGUAGACAGGAAGGAUGCCACCAUUAAAUCUCUAGCGAAGGAUUUACAGGAGGCUGAUGAACAAUACUCUAUGUCACUGAGAGCUCAUCUACAAAAUGUUGACAGUCUCAUUGAUCAACAGAAACUGAGGAUUAACAGUCUACAGCACGAGUAUGAGGAAGAGCUGGAAGUAAUCCGCGAGGAGUUUGACACAGAGCGCGCCAUUAUGAUUGAUCAGCAUGAUGUGGAGAUGAAUGAUGUAGCAGACAUCUUGUUUGCCAUGGAACAGAACUUCCAGGACAGAGAGAAUGAGGCAAAGUCGGAAUUCCAGAGCAUGACAGAUGAAAUCAGAAAUAAGCACAUGGAAGAGAAGCAUGGUCUCCACCACACUUUGCAGGAUAAACUGGAGUUUUACUGGAAGGAGUUCAGUAAUGCUCUCAAAAUGUAUCAGGAAAACAACCAGGAUCGUAAGCUCGCAUUCGAGGAACUCAAAGCCAAGGACGAUGAUUCAGCUCAAGAAAUAGACGCUCAGAUGAGGAAACUCACUCGCAUUUCAGAACAAAUUUCUCAGCUGAAAUCAAAAAUGGCAUCAAAUGCCAAGGAGUGUGAGGAAAGAAAUCGUCAGCUGAAAGAGGAAAGAGAGAAGAUGUUGGCACAUUUCCAGCAUUUAAAAUCCCAGAUGAAUAAGAUGAGAGAUGGAGAGAGAGACAAGCUCACUAAGCUUACCCUGGAGAGUAACUCGGCCAUUAAAGAACUGAAAAGACGUAUAGAAAAGUUACAAUGUAUAAUAAAAUUGGGUGAGAUGAGCCGUAAAUUUGAGACAGAGGAAGAAAAAGUUCUUCCAUUUUAUGCCUCAUCUUUGACACAGGAGGAACAAAAUGAUGUGAAUACUGCUAUUUUGGAGAAACCAAAUGAGGAACUAGUGUCUGUGAUGCAUGAGUACAGUGCUCUGGAAAAUUUCUGGAAGAGGUAUAACAAAGUUGGCCUGGAUAAGUUAGCUUUAGACAAGGAGAAACAGGGUCUGAUGGUGGAAAACCAACAACUGAGGACCCUACUUAAACAGUACUUAGAUGGAAUCUCAGUCAACGACGAAAUCCUCUCACAAGUCAACCCACUCUUCAUUGUCAACAACAAGACAAAUGUCAAAUUGAAUGUCCCAGUAACCGACCCGCGAAUUCGACGUCCUGUGGCCCAGACUGUCAUCGAAGCUUCUCAUGCCGUCAAAAAUAUCCUGCCUUCCUGAAAAUCUUUUUUGUCCUCAGUUUUUAUCAUGAAACUCAGAAAUACAGCACCUACACACUUGUUUACCAGUGUUGGCGUACUCAUUAACUUAUUAAGUGCUUUAAAUUGUGAUGUCUGUUUUGUUUACAAGGAAUUCUGGUUUUACUUCAAGCAUGUUUAUGUAUACAUUACAAUCUAGUUAAUAGAGGACCAAUGGUAUUUACACUUAAAUAAUCCACAAGUAUUAAGAUCAUGAUCAAAAAGUAACUAAUGUGUUCAAUAUAGAACUUAUACUGUAGACUAAAGGAUAACUUGCAUAAUACACUUGCCACUUGAUACAGUCAGUAUUCAUUAGAAAUGUUAUAAUUCCAGCAUAAUUUAUUAUACACAGUAUUUAGUUAUAUUUCACAGUGCCAAAUAUCAGACAUGCACUUUAAUGAUCUGAAUUUAUUUUUUGUAUUGUUUUACUGUAGAUUUUUUAAAAAUCUUAUUUAUAUUUUGCACAUAAAGAACCUUUAAUAUGUACAUCCCAAGUAUUUUGAGUUGAGAGAGUUGUAAGAAUCUUCAGAACUUAUAUCAUUUGAAGAGAACUGCUUUAUUGAUUUAUUUUCAAGAGUUUUUGCAAAUAUAACUUUUUUUAAUCAGUGUAAGAGUGGAUUUUUUUCCCCUGAUGCUUUAAUAUAAAACCUUGCCACUGCUUGAGUUUGAUUGCCAUAUAUAUCAACUGUGUUGGAACUUUCUUGCCGCUGUUCACUCUACAAAAGUGUGCUACAUGUUACCUUCAUCUAUAUUGUUUGUUUUAACUUGUUUUACAUGUCUUUUUUGUUGUGUAUCUGUUUUGUUGUGGUUUUUAUACUUUUUUUUUCAUUUAUACAAUAUCAUUUAUUAACAUAGAUCUAAUAAAGAAAAGAGUACUCCAUUUUA